CUGCUUCUCUGCUCACUGAUUGAUCUUCGAAGCCUCCCCACUCCCUGCUAAACGAAUCAAGAAAAAAGGUUUAAUGGUCAUAUUGGCAGCUCUUUCUAAAGGUUAGCAGCUCAUAUACGUUUAUUGAUUCUUAUUCUUCUAAUUUGUGUUGAGAUUGUAGUUUUCAAGAGAGAAAGAGAGACCACUACUAAGAGGAGGGAAGAGUUGAUGGUGGUGACUUGUACCCUUUUUUUUUAUUAAUUGGAAGUCGUCGUAUUGUUGAAAGAGAGAGGGAAAGAGAAGAGAGAGAGGAGAGACCAAUUUUCAAGAGGCUGAAAUGGGUUGCCUCAGAUCCAGGGAACCCAGGCGUUAUGUGUAAAGGGUUUCGUCUUUUUUAGGGGUUUCCCUGUGAUUCUUGAGAGCUUCCCUUUCCUAGGUUCUUCCUCAUGAUCCUUUUGCAUUCUCUUCAUUGUUCUUAGAGAUAAGGAGCUGGUUUUUGUUCCAUUUGAAUUGUUUUCGACCAUUUUAUUUUGGGGGAGGGGGGUAACGGUUGGCUUCUCUAGUUGUUCUGUAGUAGAUGAAGAAGAUUCCAGAGGGGUGUGUGUGUGAAGGGUUCGUAAAGUCUAGAGGAUCUGACGAAUCUAUCCAGAGAUUUCCAUAAAUGGAAAUUUGGAUCCGUUGUUCAUCACCAGAUCUGAGCACCUAUUCCGUUGUACUGCUCCAUAGAACAUCCUCUAUGCCCACCUGUGUUCCUUUUAAUUUACUCCUGGGAUGUUAGCUAUUUGUUUUUACUUUUCCUCUACAAAUUCUUCUAGACAAUUCAAGGGUUUUUUAGUUUCUUAGGCAUGGAAGGCAGUCUGUUGAAACUUGUAAGCCUCGUUGAGAGGUCAUUCCACAUUAGGGAAGAAGCUGAAUUAGUUGAAAAAUGAUAGGUUAUGUGAUUUUGGAGGGUGAAAGGUUACUAUUACGGCUACUACUCAGAUAGGAGAAUUGAUGGAGGAGAUGUCUUCGGCGGUUGGAAUGCCAUUUACAUUAGGUAAUUCAAUUUGUGAUAGCUCGGCGAUAGCAACUCACAUGGAAAUCACAAGACUCAAGUUGAUAACGGACACGGCUUGCUUAUUGUCAGAUCCUGCAACCGAGGUACAUACUAAGUCCGUUUCUGCGAUUGAUGAAGAUCGUGGUUGCAAUAGUAUGGGGGGUGUAGGUGGUGCUGUAACCUUGUCAGUGCUCAAAGACAAUGAAAAGGAAAGUGAAGUUACUACUUUGUUAGCGAUGACUCCCGAACAUGAAAUUAGUUGGGUUUCAAAUGAUAUAGCAAUUCAAGAAAAUGAGGGAGAUGAUUCUUUCUCUGUGGAGGGUGACCAGACAGUAGAUUGUUCUUGUUCCCUAUCUCUAGUUAAUGAUAACAGUAGCAUCGGUGGUGAAGAACUCCUAACAUUUGGGACUGCAUAUGAGUUGAGCACACCAGUUUCUAUGGACAUCUGUUCUGUUCAAAUUAUCACAAAAGCCAAUGAUUUUGCACAGCCAAAUGUUGACCAGAAGUCUGUGGGUGAUAUUCUUGCUGUGCCGACGGGCAUAGAGGCAGAGGUUGGGGAUGGAUCUGACCCAAAAGCAGUGGCAUUGGUUCUUCAAAUGCCUAGGGAGAAGAGGAAUGGUGGAACAUGCAGCCGUAGCAUUUUCGAAUUGGAUUAUGUACCACUUUGGGGAUUCAGUUCUCUCUGUGGAAGACGACCAGAAAUGGAAGAUGCUGUUGCUGUUAUACCGCAAUUUCUGAAGAUUCCCAUUUCAAUGCUAGUUGGUGAUCGUGUAUUGGAUGGCAUGAACCAAACUAUAAGUCACACAACAGCUCAUUUCUUUGGAGUUUAUGAUGGCCAUGGUGGAUCUCAGGUUGCUAAUUAUUGCCGUGAUCGGCUCCAUUUAGCUUUGAUAGAGGAAAUAACGGCCAAAGAAGGCUUCGAAGAUUCCAGUGUGAGGAAUAAUUGGCAAUUGCAAUGGGAAAGAGCUUUUACCAACUGCUUUGUCAAAGUAGAUGAUGAAGUUGGGGGAAGAGUUCGCGGAGGUGUUCAAGGCCAGGAUGAUUCCUCUGAGGCUACUACUGAUCCUGUUGCCCCAGAAACUGUUGGUUCUACAGCUGUAGUUGCUGUUAUUUGUUCAUCCCACAUCAUAGUUGCAAACUGCGGUGAUUCAAGAGUAGUCCUUUGUCGUGGAAAAGAGCCUAUGCCUUUGUCAUUGGAUCAUAAACCGAAUAGAGAAGAUGAAUUGGCAAGAAUUGAAGCAGAUGGAGGCAAAGUCAUACAGUGGAAUGGAUACCGUGUGUUUGGGGUUCUAGCAAUGUCUAGGUCGAUAGGUGAUAGAUAUUUGAAACCAUGGAUCAUUCCGCAACCAGAGGUUAAGCUUGUUCCUCGAGCUAAGGAAGAUGAGUGCCUUAUUCUAGCCAGUGAUGGGUUAUGGGAUGUCAUGACAAAUGAAGAAGUUUGUGAAGUGGCUCGAAGACGUAUCCUAUUAUGGCACAAAAGGAAUGGUGUGACACCUCCUACAGAAAGGCAAAAUGGAGUUGAUCCUGCUGCGCAAGCAGCAGCAGAAUACCUAACAAAGCUUGCUCACCACAAGGGAAGCAAGGACAACAUCACUGUUGUUGUGGUGGACUUGAAAGCCCAAAGGAAAUUCAAGAGCAAAACCUAAUGGUAAGUUCAUACAUAACAUCACUGUUACUGUGGUGGACUUGAAAGCCCAAAGGAAAUUCAAAAGCACAACCUAAUGGUAAGUUCAUACAUAACAUGUUUUUUCAUUCCGGAACUGUAUGAUAUGCAAUUACAUCUAGUGUUACUACCAUUAAUGCAUACUCUGCCCUUCUGUUUUUCAAUUGGGCUUAAUGGGUGUACCAGGAUAGCAUUCUUUAUGUACCAUAGAAUCUGCACUAUACUGAAAUACCUUGUGUUGAAGUCUUUUGUCACACACUACGCCAAGUUCUGGCCAUGUAAAUUUGAGUAGUUGUAGGGUUAAGAGGUGGGAGAAAGUUCUUUCCUAAAGCUGAGUUCUGCUGCUUGAUUGUGUUU